AUGCGAUCGUAUGUCGAUGACGCGGUUGUUUAUCUCUUUCUAUCGGGAAUUUUAAUUUUGAUUCCAUCGUUUAUUCUACUGGGCUUUGCACAAUCAAAAACAAUUCUAUGGAUCGGUUUAACGCUUUUCUCCAUCGCGUCAAGUAUUGUUAUCAAUGUUAUUAAUAGUUUUGCAUCGAAAUAUGGUCUCGAAAGUGAAAAGGGUACUAUUUUGGGUAUAUUUCGAAGUUUACAAGCACUCGCGCGAGCAACCGGUCCUUUAAUUGCUUCAUUCGCAUAUUGGUCCAUUGGCGAACAAACAACGUAUAUCUUUGGUGCUAUAUUUCUCCUUUGUCCAUGUUUUAUUCUCUAUGAUGUUCAGCAACGUUUUAAACACAUGCGACUUACUCCUACUAUUACUGUCUCUGAAGUUAAAGAUGAUUAA